AUGGCUGAGGGCGAGAAGGGGGCCAGCGGCGAGGCUGCCCGCGAGCCUGGGAGUGCCGAGGCGAGGCGCGAGGGAGCAGCGGACGCUGCAGCGCGUGACGGCGCAGCGAAGGCAGUUGAUAAUGGGAAAGAGAGCUCGCCACGGGAGCGGAGGAGGUCCCGCGAUCGCGACGGGGAUCGCAGUCGGGCCAGGAGCCGGGACCGCGACCACCGCCGCUCCCGGCGCGACCGGGACCACCGCUCACGCGAGCGCUCCCGCGACAGAGACCGGGACCGGCGACGCUCGCGGUCCCGGGAACGCCGCCGCCACAGGACGCGCUCCCGCUCGCCCCGUGACCGGUACGGCCGCGCGGGGUACGCGCCGCGGUCGCGCCUCGCCGACGAGGGGGGCAAGCGCGACAAGAGCCGCAGUCCGGACAAGGGCGGGCCGUCGAGCUCCCUGGCCGACCCCUUUGCACACCUGCGCAAGAAGGCCGUCAACGCGUACGGCGGGGCGUCGGACCCCGAGGCGCUGAAGCGGGCGCAGCGGCGCAAGCAGAUCGAGGCGCAGGUCUUUUUGCUGAAGCAGCAGAUCGCCGUGGCGUGCGCGCCCACGAACAAGUCGCAGCGCGAGCUCUACAUCGGCAACCUGGUCCCCGGGAUGGUCACGGAGGCCAACCUCGCGAGCAUCUUCACGUCGAUGCUGCAGCACGUCUUCCCGGACUGCCGCGGGGAGGGCAACGAGCCCGUCACGCGCGUCAACCUGCACACCGAGGGGAAGUACGCCUUCGUGGAGUUCCGCGAUGCGGCCAUGGCGUCCGCGGCGCUCACGCUGAACGGCCUCGUCGAGCUGCACGACCAGACGCUGCACGUGGGGCGGCCCUCGGGGUGGGUGGACCCAGCGCUUGCCAGGAAGCGGCUGGUGCGCGCGGAGGAGGACCUGAAGCUGCUGGACGAGGGCGUGGACGUGGACGAGUAUCGAAGGAAGGAGGCGGAGGAGGAGGCGGCGCGGGAGGAGGAGGAGAGGCGCGCGAAGGAGGCGGCGGCGGCGAAGCUCACGGUGCUGCGUGUGGAGAACAUGAUUACGCAGGACGUGCUGGACGACGACGCGGAGCACGCGGACGUGCUGGCGGACAUCCGGGACGAGUGCGAGAAGCACGGGAAGGUCGCGGACGUGGUGAUCCCGCGCGGCAAGGUGGGCGAGGGUCUGGCUGGCGACGUGUACGUGACGUUCGAGGCCGCGUCGGACGCGGCCGCGGCGCGCGAAGCCAUCCACGGGCGCACGUUCGCAGGUCAGACGGUCGUCGCGACCGCGGUGGAGGAGCUUCCGGCAGAGCUGCGGGGCGCGGGUGCUGCGUGA